GCUGGCAUGUAAAUUCAGCCCUGGACUUUGAAUUGCAUAAAGAUUGAACUACAGCCAUUUGUGUGGAACAAAAGCUUACCUCAGUCGCAGUAAACAAUGGCGACAGUCCGCAAGAAGGUGGACAACAGGAUUCGUGUCCAGAUAGAGAAUGGAGUCGCUCUGCAACACCGGACCAUAUUUGUGGUGGUGGGAGAUCGUGGUAGAGAUCAGGUUGUGAUUCUGCAUCACAUGCUGUCUAAAGCCUCCGUCAGAGCACGGCCUUCUGUACUCUGGUGCUACAAAAAAGAGCUGGGAUUCAGCAGCAACCGGAAAAAGCGAAUGAAACAUCUGCAGAAGAAGAUAAAAACUGGCACAUUGAAUCUGAAUCGGGAUGACCCGUUUGAACUCUUCAUUGCUGCAACCAACAUCCGAUACUGUUACUACAACGAGACACACAAGAUCCUGGGGAACACCUACGGGAUGUGCGUCCUGCAGGACUUCGAAGCCCUCACUCCCAAUCUCUUGGCGAGAACUGUUGAGACGGUAGAAGGAGGUGGCAUUGUGGUGAUUCUGCUCAGGACAAUGAACUCUCUCAAGCAGCUUUACACUAUGACUAUGGACGUACACUCUCGUUACCGGACAGAGGCUCAUCAGGACGUGGUGGGACGGUUCAAUGAGAGAUUUAUUCUGUCGCUGGCAUCCUGCAAAAACUGUGUUGUCAUUGAUGACCAACUCAACAUCCUGCCAAUCUCCAGCCACAUGGCGAACAUUAAGCCUGUGCCUCCAAAGACUCAGGAAGAAGGUCUGUCUCCACGAGAACAAGAGCUGAAGGAUCUGAAGGAGUCUCUUCAGGACACACAGCCUGUGGGUGUGUUGGUGGAUUGCUGCAAGACCAUGGACCAGGCUAAAGGAUUGCUGAAGUUCAUUGAGGCGACCUCAGAGAAGACUCUGAGGAGCACCGUGGCUCUCACUGCUGCCCGAGGUCGAGGCAAGUCUGCAGCACUCGGGCUGGCUAUCGCUGGAGCUGUGGCUUUUGGCUACUCCAACAUCUUUGUAACCUCCCCGAGCCCGGACAACCUCCACACCAUGUUUGAGUUCAUCUUCAAAGGCUUUGAUGCACUACAGUAUCAGGAGCAUCUUGAUUAUGAAAUCAUCCAGUCUUUGAAUCCAGAAUUCAACAAGGCUGUGGUGCGGGUGAACAUCUUCAAAGAACACCGACAGACAAUUCAGUACAUUCACCCCGGGGAUGCAGUGAAGCUGGGCCAGGCUGAACUGCUGGUCAUUGAUGAGGCUGCAGCCAUCCCGCUCCCUCUGGUUAAGAAGCUGCUGGGGCCCUAUCUGGUUUUCAUGGCUUCGACCAUCAACGGGUAUGAAGGCACUGGGCGCUCUCUUUCCCUCAAACUGAUCCAGCAGUUGAGGCAGCAGAGUGCCCAGAGUCAGCAGAGCAUGUCGGCAGUGAACAGGACCACCAACACAGAGAGGCUGGCAGGCGCUCGCUCUCUCCAUGAGGUUUCUCUCCAAGAGUCCAUUCGGUACGCUCCAGGCGACGCCGUGGAGAAGUGGCUGAAUGACCUGCUCUGUCUCGACUGCAUGAACAUACCCCGGCUCAUUUCUGGCUGCUCACUCCCGCAGAUGUGUGACCUCUACUAUGUGAACAGAGACACGCUCUUCUGUUACCACAAGGCCUCCGAGGCGUUCCUGCAGAGGUUGAUGGCCUUGUACGUGGCAUCGCACUAUAAGAAUUCACCAAAUGACCUGCAGUUGUUGUCCGAUGCGCCGGCCCACCACAUUUUCUGUCUCCUGCCACCUGUUCCCCCCACACAGAACUCACUACCUGAGGUCCUCGCUGUGGUGCAGGUGUGUCUGGAGGGUGAAAUAUCUCAGCAGUCCAUCCUUAACAGUCUGUCCAGAGGAAAGAAGGCCUCUGGUGACCUCAUUCCCUGGACGGUGUCAGAACAGUUCCAAGACCCAGAGUUUGGAAGCCUCUCCGGAGCCAGAGUUGUGCGAAUUGCUGUAAAUCCAGACUACCAAGGGAUGGGCUACGGCUCCAGAGCUCUCGAAAUGCUGCAGAUGUACUAUGAGGGCAAGUUUCCCACCAUGGAUGAGAACACACUCUCAAAUCCCAAUGAGAUCACGUCCGUCAGCAGUGAGGCUGUCAGUCUGCUGGAGGAGGUGAUCACCCCACGGAAGGAGCUCCCUCCUCUGCUGCUGAAGCUCAGUGAGAGGAGAGCAGAGAGACUGGACUAUCUGGGAGUUUCUUUUGGACUUACUAAUCAGCUAUUCAAGUUCUGGAGGAAAGCGGGUUAUACUCCAGUCUACUUGAGACAAACCCCUAAUGACCUGACGGGAGAGCACUCGUGUGUGAUGCUGAAGGAGCUGAACACGGAUGAAGCCGCAGAGCAGAACCAGUGGCUGUCUGCCUUCUGGAAAGAUUUCCGUCGGCGCUUCCUGUCUCUCCUCUCCUACCAGUUCAGCAGCUUCCAUCCGAGCAUGGCACUCAGCAUCCUGCAGAACAAGAAGGUCAAGGAGGAGACGAGCGUUCUGACCAGCGCUGAGCUGGCAUCCUAUUUCAGCCCGUACGACCUCAAACGUCUGGAACUGUAUUCGAGGAGCAUGGUGGACUACCACCUCAUCAUGGACCUGAUCCCCACAGUGGCUCGCAUCUUCUUCCUCAAGCAGCUCGGGGACGUCGCUCUCUCAGCCGCACAGUGUGCAUUACUGCUGGGUAUAGGGUUACAGCACAAAUCGGUUGAUCAGCUCGAAAAGGAAAUUGAACUCCCAAGCUCACAGCUCAUGGGUCUCUUCAACCGUCUGAUCCGGAAGUUUGUGCGAGUCUUCACCAGUGUCCAAGAAGAAGCCAUUGAGGCACAGAUGGCGACCACGAAAGACGUUUCCAUGGAGCCGACUGUCGGAAGCCUGACUGAUGAUCUGAAUGAAGCAGCAAAGGAGUUUGAGGAGAAACACAAGCUGGAAGUCGAGAAAGUGAAGGAAAUGGACAUGGAAGAGUACAAGAUCUGUGGAGAUGAGGAGGAAUGGGACCAGGUGUUGAAGAAGGCAGGGAACAGCGCUAUCGUUAGCAUCAAGAGUGACAAGAAGAGGAAGUUGGAUGGGGGACACGCAAAUAUCGGGGCUCCUGAGCACGGGAAAGUAAACAAAAAGGAAAUGCAACACAGCAAAUUUAAGAAGAGCAAGGACAAGCAUGGCAAAUUUGGAAAGAAGGUGCGACAAUAAAUACAGCUGUGUUGAUAGGACUGUGCUACAUGAAACAGAGUCAACAUGAUCUGUUAUUUGGAGCGCAGCCAAAAGACUGGAUACCUGUUGAAAUUGUGUUUUUAUUCUGUCUUUUUUAUUCUUACCAGAUACAUCUUCAUUUCUAAAGUAUGUCAUGACAAGUGUUUUGCUCUGAUUUUAUGGUGUGUGCA